GCCUAAGGUCUAAGGUGGCUUGGAGAGCAAGGCCACUCACAGGGGAUCGGUAUUUGUUUUCAAAUCGACGAGGAGUAAAGAAGUCGAAUUCGUUCAACUCAGAUCGGCCAUUCCAUUUCCGUCACCAAAGAAGGAGAAAGAGUGAAAGAGAAGAAAGAAGCACAUCGAAGAGAGAGAGAAAAUGGACAGACUCACUAGAAUGUUCGCCGGUGCAGGAGGAGCUUUAGGCCACCCACCACCUGAUUCCCCAACUCUCGACACCUCUGAACAAGUCUACAUCUCUUCUCUCGCUCUUCUCAAGAUGCUCAAACACGGACGAGCUGGUGUUCCAAUGGAAGUUAUGGGAUUGAUGUUGGGUGAAUUUGUAGAUGAAUACACAGUUAGGGUUGUUGAUGUCUUUGCUAUGCCACAAAGUGGGACUGGAGUUAGUGUUGAAGCUGUUGACCAUGUUUUCCAGACGAAUAUGCUUGAUAUGCUUAAACAAACUGGAAGGCCAGAGAUGGUUGUGGGAUGGUACCAUUCGCAUCCUGGAUUUGGUUGUUGGCUGUCUGGUGUGGAUAUCAACACGCAACAGAGCUUUGAAGCCUUGAAUCAAAGAGCUGUUGCUGUAGUGGUGGAUCCUAUACAAAGUGUCAAGGGGAAGGUGGUCAUUGAUGCCUUUCGAUUGAUCAAUCCACAGACGAUGAUGCUUGGUCAAGAGCCUCGGCAGACAACGUCCAACCUUGGGCAUCUUAACAAACCAUCAAUUCAGGCAUUGAUCCAUGGGUUGAACAGACAUUACUAUUCCAUAGCCAUUAACUACAGGAAGAAUGAACUUGAGGAGAAGAUGUUGCUGAACCUUCACAAAAAGAAAUGGACUGAUGGAUUGACACUUAAGAGAUUUGAUGCUCAUUCAAAAACCAACGAGCAGACUGUCCAGGAAAUGCUGAAUCUAGCUAUCAAGUAUAACAAAGCAGUUCAGGAGGAAGAUGAGUUGUCCCCAGAGAAGCUAGCAAUUGCAAAUGUGGGAAGGCAAGAUGCAAAGAAGCAUCUGGAAGAACAUGUCUCAAACUUAAUGUCCGCCAACAUCGUUCAGACUUUGGGCACCAUGCUAGACACUGUUGUGUUUUAAUACCUUACAUAUUAAAAUUUAUCUAUAGACAAUUUUCUAGUUUCUUCUGCUUGCAUCAUCUGUGAUAUGAAUCCACUGCUCCGUUCAUCCUAAUUUUGGAUUGUUACAUUAUUAAGUGAAUUGGAACAUGUUGGACAAACUAUGUUGGUCCUUUCUUAUUA